CGAUGACGCCGCGGCCCGCCCGUUCGAGGAGGGGAGCGGUGGCGCCCGCUGUCCCCCUCAGAGGGGCGCUGCGCGGCGCGCGGGGUGGAGCGCCCUGCUAUCCGUGGGAGUCCGCGUUCGCCGCAGCGGGAAGGAGCGAGCUGCUGCGCGGCUGGCCAUGAGCGGCGCGGGGGACGAGGGCCCGGAGGCCGGCGCCGGCCCGGCCGGGGGCCGCCCUGAGCCCGAGGCCCCGGGCAGCGCGCUGAGUGUGGACCUGCCGGGGCUGCUGGGGCAGCUGGCGCGCAGCUUCGCGCUGCUGCUGCCGGUGUACGCCCUCGGCUACCUGGGCAUGAGCUUCAGUUGGGUGCUGCUGGCGCUGGGGCUCCUCGCCUGGUGCCGCCGGAGCCGCGUCCUCAAGGCCAGCCGCGUGUUCCGCGCGCUGGCGCUGCUGGAGGACGAGGAGCGAGCCGUGCGCCUGGGGGUGCACGCCUGCGACCUGCCCGCCUGGGUUCAUUUUCCAGACACCGAAAGAGCAGAAUGGCUAAAUAAGACUGUAAAGCACAUGUGGCCCUUUAUUUGUCAAUUUAUAGAGAAGCUCUUUCGAGAAACCAUAGAGCCAGCUGUUCGGGGAGCAAAUGCCCACCUCAGCACCUUCAGCUUCACAAAAGUGGACGUGGGUCAGCAGCCCCUUAGAGUCAAUGGUGUUAAGGUUUAUACUGAAAAUGUAGACAAAAGACAAAUCAUUCUGGACCUUCAGAUUAGUUUUGUAGGAAAUUGUGAGAUUGAUUUGGAGAUCAAACGAUAUUUUUGUAGAGCUGGUGUGAAAAGUAUUCAGAUUCAUGGGACAAUGCGGGUGAUCCUGGAGCCCCUGAUUGGAGACAUGCCUUUAGUUGGAGCAUUGUCGAUCUUCUUCCUUAGGAAACCACUUUUGGAGAUUAACUGGACGGGACUGACGAAUCUGCUGGACAUCCCUGGACUGAAUGGUUUAUCUGAUACUAUCAUUUUGGAUAUAAUAUCAAACUAUCUGGUGCUUCCCAAUCGAAUCACUGUUCCUCUUGUCAGUGAAGUUCAAAUAGCACAGUUGCGGUUUCCCAUACCAAAGGGUGUCCUAAGGAUUCACUUUAUUGAAGCUCAGGAUCUUCAGGGAAAAGACACCUAUCUUAAAGGCCUUGUCAAGGGAAAAUCAGACCCCUAUGGAAUUAUCCGAGUGGGCAACCAAAUCUUCCAGAGUAAGAUCAUCAAAGAGAACCUUAGUCCAAAGUGGAAUGAGGUAUAUGAGGCUUUAGUCUAUGAGCACCCUGGACAAGAAUUGGAGAUUGAACUCUUUGAUGAAGAUCCAGACAAGGAUGACUUCUUAGGAAGUCUUAUGAUUGAUCUUAUUGAAGUCGAGAAGGAGCGCCUUCUAGACGAAUGGUUCACUCUGGACGAGGUUCCAAAAGGAAAGCUGCAUUUGAAGUUAGAGUGGCUCACACUGCUGCCAGAUGCGGCAAACCUGGACAAGGUUCUGGCAGACAUCAGAGCUGACAAGGAUCAAGCUAAUGAUGGUCUUUCGUCUGCACUGCUGAUCUUGUAUUUGGAUUCUGCAAGGAACCUUCCGAAUAUCUACGAGGGAAACUUUGGGUGUGGCUACUUAAAAGAGAGGCGAGCGUCGGGACUAGUGUUUUGUGAGAAUACUACCUCAGUCUAUAGAGCACUAUUUAGUAACCCCUUAGACUUUAACCCCGGUGUCUUGAAGAAGUCUGCAGUUCAGAGAGCUUUAAAGUCAGGGAAGAAAAUAAACAGCAACCCAAAUCCUCUUGUCCAGAUGUCAGUUGGUCACAAGGCUCAAGAGAGUAAGAUUCGAUACAAAACGAGUGAACCAGUGUGGGAGGAAAACUUCACUUUCUUCAUUCACAACCCCAAGCGUCAGGACCUUGAAGUUGAGGUCAAAGAUGAGCAGCAUCAGUGUUCUCUGGGGAACCUGAGGAUCCCGCUCAGUCAACUGCUUAUGAGUGACAACAUGACCAUAAACCAGCGGUUCCAGCUCAGCAACUCGGGUCCAAACAGCACCUUAAAAAUGAAGAUUGCCCUCCGGGUCCUCCAUCUUGAGAAGCAAGAAAGGCCUCCGGACUACCAGCACUCAGCUCAAGUGAAGCGGCCCUCUGUCUCCAAAGAAGGGAGGAGAAUCCCUGUCAAAUCGCAGACGUCUGUGUCUCCAGGCACCGGUGGUAGCAACACUGCUCCAUCAACACCAGUCAUGGGAGCUGAAGAGAAGCCUGUCAGGGAGGAGAAGCCCCAGCCCCCUGAGGCCAGCCCUCUAGGGCAGCGUGACCUAGGCAGGAGCUCCUCCAGCCUCUUGGCCUCUCCAAGCCACAUCUCAGCCAAGGAACCCACCCCAAGCAUUGCCUCAGACAUAUCACUGCCCAUUGCCACCCAGGAGCUGAGGCAAAGACUACGUCAACUUGAAAAUGGGACAACCCUGGGACAGUCUCCCCUGGGGCAGAUCCAGCUGACUAUCCGGCACAGCUCCCAGAGGAAUAAGCUCAUUGUGGUUGUGCACUCCUGCAGAAACCUCAUUGCCUUCUCAGAAGACGGCUCUGAUCCGUAUGUCCGCAUGUAUUUAUUGCCAGACAAGAGAAGAUCAGGAAGAAGGAAAACACACGUGUCCAAGAAGACCCUCAACCCCGUGUUUGAUCAGAGCUUCGAUUUCAGUGUUUCGCUGCCUGAGGUGCAAAGGAGAACACUGGAUGUAGCGGUGAAGAACAGUGGUGGCUUCCUGUCCAAAGAUAAAGGGCUUCUUGGCAAAGUGCUGGUUGCUCUGGCAUCUGAAGAACUCGCCAAGGGCUGGACCCAGUGGUAUGACCUCACAGAAGAUGGAACAAGGCCACAGGUGAUAACGUAGCCACGCUGGACGUAAGGCCUAUUUCUCAAUGUAUCGUACCACCUCAACAUGGAACACACCCUCUUGCAGAUGUACCAAUGCUAUUUUUAUAAUUUUAAGUAUUGAGUUAUACAUACCUUAAUUUUAUAAAACUGUUGGCAUUGUAGGAAAAUUUGGCCAAUAUUCCUGUUAAAUUUCCCUGCUGCGCUCCCUCCAGUGCUUGAGCAGGCUCUGCAGUGUGCAGUGGGGUAGUAGUGUGUUCUGUGCUGUGUGGACUCUGUCAGCACGCCUGCUGCGAAGCAGACACCUGCACUUGCUUAUUUCUGCCUUGUCCUGCAUCCUGGAGGUGCACUAUACCAUGUAAAUAGACUCUGUUUUUUAUAAUAGCUACAUGCUGGUUUGGAUAAAGAAGAAAAUGUAUCAAGGAAAUACAUAUUCUCUUCUAAAACUUAUUAAAUUCUGUGACAAAUAAUCAUUUUCAUCUUUUCAGCAAAAACUUCUUAUAGAUCUGUUAUGUGGUAUGGCUUUUUUAAGGGAAAAAUGGAAAAUUAUUGAAUAUUAGGAUAUUUAUGUCUAUUAUGAAUGAUAAAAGAAAGUGUUCAAAUUAUUAACAUUAUUGUAAAUAGGAAGAUAUAGUGAGAAGUCAGUGAGUGACUUACUAAACAAUUUGUAUAACUGAGUAAUAGGUAAUACCAAGAGUAUUGUCAAAGCUCAUGAAUCACAGUAUACUCAACUGAAAUUUAUUACAUAAGAAUGAAAUGUGCUGUUUGUUUGUAAUUGUUUGUUAUAACUGAUUCAUGAAAUACUGGAGAGAGAUACAUGCCAGGUGUGGUACCUCAUACCUGUAAUCCCAGGAUAUGGGAAGCCAAGGCAAGAAAACCAAGAGUUAGGCAGCAAGACCCGAUCUUGGGAAAAGGAAAUACAUACUUUAUAGUUUGCCCAAAGCAUAGGAACUAAUUUCCAAUAUCAGGAGAUAAGGUAUUGUCCAGAUUGGAUGCAAUCCUGGUUUGUUUCGUCCGUGUUUCUAACCCUAUAAAGACAGCCUGUUGUUAGUGAAGUGGUGAAACAGACUGAAGAGUACGAGGGGUGUUGUGCUAAAGACUGGCAGUGCACUUGCUCUUGGUGGGAGAAGCUGGCUCCAUGCCCAUCGCAUAGGAUACACACCUCUGGACGGAGCUUCCUCUGCCUUCCCUGACACGUGGGACCUCACAGGACAAAGGGAGAGAUCCUGCCCAGUGCCAUCAACAGCAGCUGUUAGUCUUGCCGUUUUCUGGAUAUUCUCAGUUUGUGCCAUAUCAGAUCAUAUUAGGAUAGUAUUAUACAAUUUUUAUUUUAGAAUCCUUUUUUCCUUUUAGAUCAUGAAAAGCAUGUUUUACAUAUAUAAGAGUCCCCCAGAACCUCUUGUGAGGUGAGGCUAUAUCACAGUAUUAUAAGCUAUGCAUGCCUGUAAACAAAAUACGCACAAGUAUAGGAAGAUUUUCAGUAUGAAUUUUAAGCUACAGGAUGAAAAGGGCUUCUCAGCUAUGAGCUCAUUUAAAACUAUGUACACGUAUAGCAGGAAAAUACAGCUUUGUAAUCAAAAUUGGAGUAGUUCUUUUCACAUGCUUCCUGGAACUAAACAACCUAUGGGAAGCUUAUGUGACCAAACAUACCAAAGUGCCUCUGAUGAAUACUGAGUGUUCCUUUUACACUCUCCUCCUGUCUAGCAGAUGAAAGUGUGCCUCAGUUUGUAAUGUGCCAUGGGUGCAUUUGUAAUGGAGUCUGUGGCUCUUCACAGCAUAUCCUAGGUAGUCACAGGGCCAGAGUAACCUCACUCUCCUGUCUGUUGACACCAUCCUUUGAAUCCUGUUUAUAAAUCUUUUUCUAUUAGUGUGCAGGAUUGUUUUUUCUGGGAGAAAAUUGAUGUGUAUGUCACACACAUGAACAUAUAUGCACAUGAAACAUUUAAGGGUGGCAGGCUAGUCACAGGAGAAAGACAGGUAAUAUCUUAUUAAAACUAGUUGUGUGACAUGAUAGAUUUUUUUUUCCUUAAGUAUCUUUUUAAUUAGGUCCACUGAAGGGCUUCUGUCAUAAUCUAUAAAGGAGAUUUUCUUGAUGAAAUUUUAUCAUGUCAAUGGUUUUUCAACAACAACCUUAACAAAUGGUUUUGUACCCAUAUGCUUAAUCUGUUCAGUGUGUAUUUUAUUUAAUGAAAUAUUUUUCUUAACAAUUAGGGAAAUUGAGUAUAGUUAAGGGUACAAUCCCCUAAUAAGUCAAUGUAACAUCUCAGAAUGAUGCCCUCUGCUGCAGUCACAAAAGCUGGCACCAGAAUUCAGAUAGAGUCUCCCCACCUGCAUCAUAUGAGUCCUCUAGUAGCUAUCUCCAUACUCUUUGGAAAGGAGAGAGCAAGUCCGGUAAUAACAGCCCACCUCCUGUUUGUAGUCCUGUGUCUGGCACAUUCCAGUGUCCUGAAGCAAGAAGAUACUGAGUUCUCAAAAUGUUAACUUUUGGUUUUUAGUGACUUAUCUAGGGAAAAAGAACAUUUAAGUUUUCUACUCUGAGCCAAACCAAUGAGGGGAAAUUAGUGAUUUGAAGUACAGCUCCACGAACUUAUUCAAGUGGUGGCUCAUCCUGUGCCUUAAAGUACAAAGGAAUCUAAGUUUCAGAUGAAGACAGAAGCAGCCUUGCAACUAUAUUUCUACCACUUGUAAUCUGCACUCUAGAUUUCCUCCACAGGCAGGCCUUACACAGAGGUCAGUCCUCACGAGAGUUUAGGAUUAUUUCAGAAACCUCAGAUGCAGAGAGCACAGGCUGCUGGAUAUGUGUCCUCUGGUUGCUGCAAUGUCGGUCCCAUCUAGAUUACCCACUGCAGAGGAGGCUAUAGAGGGUUGGUUUUUGGUUUUUUAAUCAUAGAAUGUGUUUUUUGCUUAAUUAAUUUUACAUAACAGCACAUGUAUUUAUUCAAUAAAACCUUUUGUUAGCUCACUUGUAA